AUGGCAAUAUUGUUGCCGCUUAAAAGCAUUCUGCCAUGGUGCUGCAUAACUUUCUCAUUUCUGCUCUCGUCCUCAGGAUCGAUAAGCCACUCGACAGCGUCUUCCAGUAUAACGUUGACGAAGUCGUCGAAACCAACUAACGUGCCCUCGAACUCGCGGUUCGACUGCAGCACAAUCAACACUUUCUGGUUAAUUGUUUUAUCUAUGACUUCCAAAGGCAAAAUCUCCGGUAGACUCAUUUUGCGCGCUUCUGUGUAUGCUUGUGAGUGCACGUGUAUACGCUAUGCUUGUUGUGAGACCAUCUAUCCGCCAAGGAAGCCUUUUUCGCUUUCUCUGUAUUUUUUCUACUUCAAUAAGAAAGCAAGUAUUCUGUUUUGCUACCCGGAUGCAAAGACAAAACCCGAGCAUCCGGGUAAUAAAAGAGCAGGGUCCGGCUGA